AUGCAUUCCAUCCAGGACAGGUGCCGUCCGAAGCACCAGGUCCUUGUUUUGAAAUGUUAUCCGCGUACGAGAAAGGGUGCCGUCGAUGUCAAGCCCAAUUCCAGCGAACUCAGCUAUCUUUUAUUCUACGCCACUUCGCGACGGUCUAAGAUCCAAAAGAUUGGCUCGUUCCUAGAAAAGAAGACGGCCAGUGAUGUCUGGAGAGUUCGAAUCGGAAAUGUUCAGGUCACCCUGCAGAUUCUCGCUGCUCUCAUCGAAAAGUCGCCCAAGGACCUACCACUGAUCGCACCAUGUGUGCUUCGUGUCCUCACUCUGGUCCUGGAAUCCCACGACAUCACCAUGAUCGAAUCCUCCAUCCCGACCUUUGACGCCUUUUGCGAAAACCACGACGCGUCAUCCCUCUUCGCCGAUCAAGAUUAUAUCAGGCAAUACGAGUCUGUUGUUCGGGGCUAUGCCAGCCUCGCUUCGCCCAACUUCGUGCCCACCAAAGGCCCGUCGAGUAAGCCCAUGAUGAUGCGAUGGCGGAAUGCAGGGCUUGAAGCGAUUAAGAGCAUCGCAUCUUCGGACGCUCUUUCUUCCCUUGUCGGUCGCCAACUGAACGUUAUUGUACCGAUUGUUUUGGAGAAUCUUUGGAACGACAACGAAGACUUCCUCGAGACCCUGCAUCAACGGGUGGAAGCAGAAGAACGCGUCGAUUCCGAGAAGCUCACCCGCCGCCGAAUGAGCGUCGCAACUGUUCGGACCGCCGACACGACCGGCGAACCGAAUCCUAUCGCCUUGUCCGGAACCGCCUUCGACGUCGAUAAGCUUGCCGAAGAGGAUAUUUCUGUGUUGGCGAUGCAUUGUCUCAAGAUGAUUUUCAUCGUGCCAAAUCGACCCCAGGUCCAAAGUGCUACCCAGGCCCUCCUAGCUUUCAUCGAAGAGAAACUCGGCCACGGCGAGCGUCUCCUGCGCAAGGAUCCAAGGACACACAAAGACUGUGGUUGGGCCAUCACCAUCUACAAUCAGGUGGCUAGGUGGGCGCCGGUCCAAGAUCGCUACAUGAUCUUGAUCACGACCAUGGAUACCCUUGUCCGAACUCUUGUCCGGGACGAGAACCUGCCAGUGCACCUCGCCCUGACCGCCAUGGUGGGAUCGCUGCUGCGAUCCGACGAUGUUAACCUUAUUGGGUUGAGCGUCAUGGACGUCCUCCUUCAGCUAAUUCAGCAGAUGAAGAAGCUUCUCUUACUGCCGCCCUUGACGAUCGAUAACGACGACGAUGGAGAAGGCGGAGAGCGGUCGCAAUCACCCGCUGAACAAAUUCGCUUAAUCGAAGCCCAAAGGAGCGAUCUCUUGGCCAGUAUUGAGCACUGCAUGGGCGACUUGGCUACUCAUGUCUAUUACGCCGACCAGAUUUCCGACAUGGUCUCGACUAUUCUCCAGCGACUCAAGCCUAGUCGAUCCGGGAGCACCAGCUCUUCGCCCCGCGCCGACCAAGAGGACGAAGCCACCGAUCUCGUUGACCGAAUCUCGCAUGCGGAGGCAUACUUUUCGUUUGGGACGGCCAAGAUUGCCGCGUUAAGGGCGGUCAAGUCUAUUCUCCUCGUUGCGAACCCUCCCUCCAAAUCGAAACGUGAUCGCUCGCUCACAAGGAACCGUGUACCUAUUCAGGUGUGGGAGGGUACUCACUGGUUGCUGAGAGAUCCUGAUGGUGAAGUACGAAAGGCCUACGUCGACGCGUUCGACACCUGGCUCGACCGCGAAACUACGAAGGCCGACAUGAAAGUGUACGAUGAUGGCCGUCAUCAGCGAUCUGCCAGGGCCACCCGGGACGCCAAUGGCAGCUCUAUUGCUCGUCGGGCCGCGUCUUCAGCCUCCAACCACGACAAAAACAUCAGGGCGUCGGGCACCAGGUUUCUGCAGCUCCUGCACAUUGCAGUUUACGACAACGCCUUACAGCAUCUCGAUUAUGACGCCGAUUACGUCCUACUACAUGUCCUGCUUCUGAAACUAGUGUUCAGCCUCGGCGUCAACGCUGUACGUUACGGCCUCCCGAUGAUCUACAGACUACAGGAAGACAUCCAGGAGGCAGAGACACCACUACACAAAGUGCGGAUUGGUAGUCUUGUACACGGAUAUUUCUGGAUCCUUACAGAAUGUUUCGAUUUCGAAGCCUCCGUCGUUGGGCGUGCCAUCAUGAACGAGAUUAUCCGCCGCCGUAGCAAGCAUUUCUGGGUGGAGGGCAUUACGAUCCCUCCCCCUCCGGUCGAACUGGUAGGCACUCCGGGAGUUCCCAAGCCAGAGCCAAAGCUACCAUUCAACGAAAUUGAAUGCGAGUCGCUCCUCCCUUUCGACGACCGACUCUCGCUAGUCGACUGUAUUGCCGUGGGCUACCAGGAAAUCGCAGCAUCACCAGCAGCGAGCCCUGCUGCUUCUCCCGGAAGGACUUUUUCCCAGCCCGUUAUGGCCUCAUCGAUGACCUCGGGCACGAUUGCGGUGACGACUACGGAUUGUGACCUCCCCAUCAACUAUCGCGAGACCAUGCUUGUAGAGUGGACGAGAGAACAGGCUAUCCUUGCCCUUCAACCGGGGAGCAGGUCGGAGUCAUUGAACGGAUCCAGGGCAGGAACUACCGGGACGAGCAGAAACCGACUAGGUAUUAACGGCAAUGGAUUGAACGGCUACCCUGCCUCGCCGUAUGGAAGCCAACAUAACCUUCGGCCAACUUCUGCUCAAACCGGCGGUGCCAGCGGUGGUGGCCUGGCACCUCUUCAUGUCAGCAAAAAGGGAAGCAUUCGUAACGGAAUCUCGCCUUCACCGUCAGCCUCAAGCCGAGGCUAUAUUGCUUCUAUCGACCAGUUAAAGCAAGUUCUAACGGGCCAGAUUCAAUAUCCCAUGCCUGGAACCGCGGGCGCUAUGGACGCAGAUACAGACAGCCUCGAUAGUAUGGUCAGCUAUGAUUACACUGCGUCCGAACUGAGCGCUAGUCCGGAUGGGCAGCCCGCGCCUGUCGAGCCCGCCCAGGUCAACUCGGGCCUCCAGAGGAAGCCAUCCAAGGGCAGAAGCACCGGGCCUCUUACAUCCAACCCAACCCACGAAGCCGGACCGGUUAUGGAUCACGUUCAGGAGGCACAGGCCACGCCGCCUGAGCCCGAAAACGUGCCACCGGUUCCACCUCUGCCGACGCUCGCAACGCUUGUUACAUCCAAAAGCGGGGACAUUAACCUAGCGCCCGGACAGGUGGCACAGCCUCAGGACGGAGCCAGGUCGCCUGUGCGCAUGCUGAGCAGCCGUAGCGGCGACAGACCUCGUACGAGCAGAAGCACUGAUCGCAGACUUCCCAGCCGAGGAGGUGAGCGAAACAUCAGCAGCCGUGGCGGUGACAGCUUUAGGUUGGGCUCGAUGGGCGAGAGCCCGAGAUCGGGUGUUGACCUGGAUGAGUUGUUGAGGGGCAUUGACAGCCGGUCCGGUGAGGAGGGCCUAGGCAAUCUCACCCGGCCGCCAUAUUAG